GAACCUUGGACAAACCUUCCAGAUUGUGUAAUUCUACCUUACUAACAUGAAGAACGUUCCUGGUAUCUCCGCUCUUCCUGUUCCUUGAUCUGUCCUACCACGAAGGGCCAACAUCCAUCUUGAAGGCCUCCUCAAGGUUCUCUCUGACCUUCUUAGACCAACCCAAACCAAGUUCGGCUUAUUUGGAGUUUCUUUCUCACGCAUCCUAUCUCAGGACUGGGCCACCGCUUCCCCAGGUCCCCUCUUAACAGCUCUCACACCUUUCCCCAAGAUCAUCUCUAAGCAGAGCCUUCCGAAUGAGACCUCUUUGGGGGAAUUUUUACCCAUGCUUCCUUUUUCCUCCAGCAAUGAACGAGUGGGUCCCCAUUGCCAAAGAGUAUGACCCUCUCAAAGCCGGAAGCAUCGAUGGCACAGAUCAGGAGCCCCACGACCGUGCCGUCUGGAGGGCCAUGUCAGCCCGCUACGUCCCCAACAAAGCUGUUUCCGGAGACUCCCACCUGACUCUCUUUGUGGCCAGGCUCAACCUGCAAACCACGGAGGAGAAGUUAAAAGAGGUCUUUUCCCGGUACGGAGAGAUCCGGAAAAUCCGCCUGGUCCGGGACCUGGUCACUGGCUUUUCCAAGGGCUACGCGUUCAUUGAAUACAAGGAGGAGCGUGCGCUCAUGAAAGCCCACCGUGAUGCCAACAAGCUAAUUAUUGACCAGCGAGAGAUCUUUGUUGACUUUGAGCUGGAAAGGACCCUCAGGGGAUGGAUACCUCGGAGGCUCGGGGGUGGCUUUGGGGGCAAGAAGGAGUCGGGGCAGCUGCGUUUCGGGGGCAGGGACAGGCCCUUCCGGAAACCCAUCAACUUGCCUGCUGUGAAGAAUGAUUUUUAUGGGGAAGGAUCUGUGGGAAAAAGAGAGCGGGCUUGGUCCAGGGGAGGGUCGAGGGACUGGAAAGCUGGGGACCGGGAUCACGAGAGGAACCGAGAGCCCCGCCGAGCUGAACGGGAGCGAUCGUGGGGACGGGGCAAAGGUGAAAGAGACCCGGAGCGUUGGGCCAGGGAAGAAAGAGGCAGAGCCACGGAGGGAAGGGAGAGAGACAGGAAGGACCGGAGCCGGGAGACCAAAGAGAACAAGGGAUGAAGGCCACCAUUGGUGAAACAUUUCCUUCAAGUGUUGCUCAACCGUAGAACACCGGGGGAUAAUGGGGAGCGUGGGCCUCAAUUCCAAGCCGAGGUGCCCUGUUGUCUGGAUCACCCCUGCAUUAGCAUAGAAAUUGUGGGCAGGAAUGGCAGCUUCCUAGCUCGAGGGCACGCUGGAGAAAAGUGUACCCCAGGCUUCCACAACUCGAUACCCUCCAGGCGUGCUGGACUGUGGAUCCCAAGAUCUGCAGCCAAGCCCGGCCAUUGGAAUUACCGUCCAGUAUAUCCAAAGUGCCGAAAAGGGGAUGGCUGGUCUAGGAAUCCUGCUGCCAUCCCGCAUUCUUUAAUUCUUGAAAAAGGUCUGGACUGAUGGAGGACCUUGAUCCCACUAGCAGAAACCUUCAGCAAUAAGGAAGGGCAGCGGUCAUCCAUAAAAGGUGAUGUAGGAUUGAAUUGUAUAAAUUGAUCUGGGUCACUCAGACAAUAGACUGUUUACUAGUCAGUGAAAUCAACCGGAGGCCUCUUGUUAAUUCAGAAAUAGUUUAUUUAGCGUAUUAAAAAAAGAUCUACAGUUUG